UAAAAACUUUGUGUUAAUCCGCUGAUAAUGCUGCUGGGCAUAUUUUUAAACUGAGAUUUGAAUCGAGAAACUCAGAACUGUAAGGCACAUGUAACAUCCAUGUGGAGUCGCCUCGAUAUUUACUCUAUCCAACACAAGUAAUCUUUGUUUCCUGUCAAGAAUUCAAAACAGUUCCCACUCGGUGACGGUGUGAAUGCGAGAAUGAAUAGUUGCUAUUCUCUCAGGUCAGAUGCAAUAGACUCCAGCUACCCACGAACCCGAACAGGAUGAAUUGAAAGCGAUCAAAUUCCCCAAUCAAUUAACUUUGCCUUGGAUAGGCUGGAAAUAGUGUUUCAGAAAUGGAACUUUGCAAUGGUUUAUCAAAAACAAAAGCAAAAAUAAUAACCGCAUCACUCUCUGACACUACCUUGGCCCCCAUCAACUCGACCUAUCUUGUUUUUUGUUCAAUGGAACUCUCAACAGGAAGCGUCCUUUCACUGUGGGGAUGUUUCAUGAUAUUCUGCUGCCCCCUUCUGGACUUUAAGAUACCAUCACGGCUAUUAGCCUCCCCCAGUUCUUUACAGUCACAAAAUCAAGUCCUGGACUUCCCAUACUCAACAUGAAAAACACACCGGCAACAAGGACGUGGGAAUGUAAUGGGAGGACUGCAGGUGUCAGAUAAUGGGAAGAUGUUUGGGGAUGAAGCGGCCUUGGUGGGGGGGGACGAUAGAUGGGGAAAGACAACCUUCACUUGUCUCUCAUAACGUUGGCAGCAUGGACAAGAAAGUGGUGUUGAUCACCGGCUGUUCAUCCGGCAUCGGCCUCAGCCUGGCGGUCCGGUUGGCUUCGGACCCGGAACAAACAUUUAAAGUAUACGCCACCAUGAGGAACCUGGCCAAGAAGGAGCGUCUCCUGGAGAGCGUCAAAGGCCUGCACAAGGACACGCUGGAUGUUCUUCAGAUGGACGUCACGGACCGCCAGUCUAUCCUAGACGCCAGGGACAAGGUUGCCGAGAAGCGAGUGGACAUUCUCGUCUGUAACGCCGGUGUGGGUUUGAUGGGUCCACUGGAGGCUCACUCUCUGGACUCCAUGAAGCAAAUUCUAGAAGUCAACCUUCUGGGCACCAUCCAGACCAUCAAGGCCUUCCUGCCCGGGAUGAAGGCUCAGCGUAAUGGUCGUAUCCUGGUCACAGGCAGCAUUGGAGGCCUUCACGGCCUGCCCUUCAACGUGCUCUACUGCGCCAGCAAGUUCGCCAUCGAGGGCGCGUGCGAGAGUUUAGCCGUUCUCCUGCAACAUUUCAACAUCUAUGUCAGCCUGAUCGAGUGCGGCCCUGUUAACACCAACUUCCUGGUCAACCUGACGAAGGCGGAGCUUGGCGAUCCGUCCCUGCAGCAUGUGGACGCGCGCACGUUGGGCCUGUAUGAGAGAUACCUGCAUCAUUGCAGUUAUGUCUUCCAGAACGCAGCGCAGGACACAGAGGACAUCGUAAAGGUAUUUUUGGAUGCCAUGCAGUCACCCAGCCCGGCCUUCAGAUACUUCACCAGCGGGGCGGUGCCCCCUCUGACCGAGCUGAAGGUGACGCAGCCGGACGGCCUGCGGUACAUCAGCGCCAUGAGCAAACUCAUCUUCUCGCCCGAUGAGCAGUGACCUCUGUGCUUUGUUCAUUUUGUCAAUUUGCAUUUGGGGGAAAUGAAGUUGACUCACCGUUGUUGGGCAACCUGAAAGCAAGUUCCCCGAAGGCAAUAGCGGAUAGUAAACAUUACAUUUUUUCUUGGAAAUACUAAUCAAUGAUAACAUUUAGAAAAGGUAUAGAAAUCAGUUUUGGUGUGCUGAAUAUUUGAAUGUACUUUUUGUUUUUGAGUAAAGUUAUUUGAUUAUGUGGUA